ACGCGUCACGGGCGACAUUAAACUCGAGAGUCGGCGACUUCGCGGCGUCUUCCUGCAGCACAGAAAGCACCAUGUCUACUGAAUCUUUGAGCGUCGACAAGAGCGAGUCCGUCGCUGCUGUUGCGUCCAACUCCGAGUCUGUAGCUCCCUCUGUGAAGGCCGCCACGGCCGCGCAAAAGAAGACGAAGAAAUCGAAGACUAAGGUCAAGGCGGUGGUUGCUGCUGUUGCUGCAGCCCAAGAGCUGACCGAGGCUGAGUCGAUCAGCAACUUAACUGUGGAUCAUCCGUAUCUGAGCGUUCUGUACAAACGCAUUCGUUCGCACCGUAAGAAGCUCGAGAAGAUUAAAAGUCUGGAGCUGGCGCAACUUGAGGAGGGCAAGAAGCCUAACGCGCAGCAACUGGAGCUUAUGGGCAGCAAAUCAACACUGGAGAAACUCGUGGCGGAGCUGGAGAUGCUCCGUGAGCAGUUCGUUGGGGUCUACACGGAGGAGAUGGAGAAGAAGAAGGCGGUGGAGGCCGAGGAAGAGACCACAGCUCCCGUGAAACCUGUGGAGGAGAAGGAGGAAAGCGAGACGAUCGCAGAGCAAGAGGAAUUAACUCCUGAGGGUGAACAGGAGACUCAGGAGGUCCAGGAGACGGCGCAGCAGGUCGUGGAGGACAAGGAACAGGACUUUGCCCGUGUGUUCGAGCUGCUGAAGACUCUGCACGUGGUGAACUUGCACCAAGCUCUCGGUAAAGAAGUCCCGAUGGUGUUGGACUUCUUCUCCAAGGUUCUACUGGGCAACACGCGUCCACCCGCCGAGUUGUCGUACGAGGAGAACUUGAUGGAGUCGCUGGAGGAGGCCAAGAAGUAUCUGACUGCCAGUGACAAGCUCUUUGCGUGCGACACGACGUACAGUGGCUUGAGGACGCUUGAGACGUCGGACGUCCCUGUGGUGCCAGCUGAGAUCAACACGAUGCCACAGAUCAGCUUCUUCACCGAGUCUCAGCUCGAGGAGGAAGCUGAGCAGACAGAGGUGACGGCACAAUCUGUUCCUGCUGCGCCGCUCUCGUUCGCUGCGGUUACUGCUGGAGUGACGAGUGAGCGCACGCCGUCGCCUCCGCAGAAGAGUUCGCGUCGUCGUGGGCAAGGUCGCUGGCGAGAGAAGAAUAGUAAUAGUAAUAGUGGCAACAAGUCUGGAUCUCCCACCAACGGAGGCAAGCCGCGCCGUCCUCGUGCUCCUCGCACGAAUGACGAGAACAGCAACGUCCAAGGAGGCAAACGCAGCGGAUCGAAGGAGAACCGACGUCCGCGUGUCGACCGCACACUGCGGAAGCAACCAAACUCGACGCAGCACUCGACUCCAAUGAUUGCCCCACACGCAUAGGGAAUAGGCGACGAGACCGAACGAGGCGUCUGGAUGGACAGUUUCCAGUACGUGAGCGCACCAAUGGACUUUUGCUGACCUGAGAUGUUGAUGGUAAAUCGGUCAAUGGCCACUGGACUUUUGAAGGGCUUUU